AUGGUUUUGACAUAUGUAGUGUUAAAUUUCAUAGAAUUCAGUGAAAUGAUGACAAUUCAAAUAGUUAUAACUAUGUUCACAAGUGCAAAGGCAAUGCCAACUAUAUCAGGACUGCCCUCUGGUCAAUGGCUAUUUCUUAACAUUAGUAAAAUGAGGUCGCUGGUGAUGCAGUUGGUAAAAAAAAUCCACCUGCAAUGCAAGAGGCCUGGGUUUGAACCCUGGGUUGGAAGAUCCCCUGGAGAAGGAAAUGGCAACCCACUCCAGUAUUCUUGCCUGGGAAAUCUCAUGGACAGAGGAGCCUGGCAGCUACAGUUCAUAGGAUCACAAGAGUCAGACAUGACCUAG